AUGUCACUUUUUGGUACCACAAUUCGGCGGACCCAAAGCUCGAAGCUUUUUCAUGGUCGACCAGAUGCGCAUGACAAGAUCCUAACCAUGGCGAAGCAGUCCACGGGAUCCUCAACAUUCUUCUUCCACAAAAAGAAGCGAUGGCUUCUGGUUCUGUUAGCCUUGCUAUCCAUCUCGACGGCGGUGGCGUUUAUUAUCAGGGCCGCUUAUGAUUCCUCAUGUGAUCGCCGUCUCUUCGAUGUCCCUGAUGCAGGUAAACGGUUUCAAUCGACGGUGAAUCCUAAGGCGUCGCCUCCGCCUAAAGUCAAAGCAGCGAAUCCUCUCAGUUUUAUGAAGUCCAAGCUUGUUCUUCUCGUUUCUCAUGAACUCUCUCUUUCUGGUGGACCAUUGCUUUUAAUGGAACUAGCGUUUCUAUUGCGAGGUGUUGGCGCUGAAGUUUGUUGGAUAACGCUUCAAAAGCCACCGGGGAAAGAUGAGGUGAUUUACAGCUUGGAGAACAAGAUGCUGGAUCGUGGAGUACAGGUCUUCUCUGCUAAAGGUCAAGAAGCUAUAACCACCGCCAUUAAAGCCGAUUUGGUUGUUUUAAACACUGCCGUCGCCGGAAAAUGGCUAGACGCAGUUCUGAAUAAAAACGUCCCUCAAAUUCUCCCAAAAGUGUUAUGGUGGAUUCAUGAAAUGCGAGGCCAUUACUUCAAAUUGGAUUACGUUAAGCAUUUACCAAUGGUAGCUGGGUCUAUGAUCGAUUCCUACGUUACAGCUGAAUAUUGGAAAAACAGAACUCAAGAACGAUUAAAGAUUCAGAUGCCAAAGACCUACGUUGUUCAUCUCGGAAACAGUAAAGAACUCAUGGAUGUCGCAGAAGAUAAUGUAGCCAAAAGGGUUUUAAGGGAGCAUGUUCGAGAGUCUCUUGGAGUGCGCAAUGAAGAUAUACUUUUCGCUGCUAUUAAUAGCGUUUCGCGUGGAAAAGGUCAAGAUUUAUUUUUGCGUUCAUUUCAUGAGAGUUUACAGAUAAUUCAAGAAAAGAAGCUUCAAGUGCCUUCAGUACAUGCAGUGAUUGUAGGAAGUGAUAUGACCAUUGAUGUUCUAGUUCAGAAUUCUCAGGGCCGAGGAGAGUGCUUUGGGAGGAUAACAAUCGAAGCAAUGGCAUUCCAGCUACCCGUAUUGGGAACGUCAGCAGGAGGGACAUCAGAGAUUGUGGUCAACGGGUCAACGGGGUUUCUACAUCUUCCAGGAAAAGAAGGGGUGACUCCUCUUGCAAAAAACAUGGUGAAAAUGGCGACACAUGUUGAAAGAAGGUUAACUAUGGGGAAGAGAGGGUAUGAAAGGGUGAAAGAAAUGUUUUUGGAGCAUCACAUGGCGAAAAGAAUUGGUGUUGUGUUGAAGGAUGUGUUGAAGAAUAGGGAAAAUGGAAAACACCAUUGAUGUUUUUUUAAGUUGGUGUUGUUUGUGUAUAUUGGUUGUUGGAAAUGAUGUGAUUAUAGUGAGAAUGAUAGGUUGGUGGUUUUAGUUUUAGAGAGUGGUUGUGUUGGUGGAAUUGGUAUAUGAAAUUUGAGUUUGCUCAUUAGAUUUUGUAUUGGUGUCAUGAAAAUUUUGAAUAUAACACUCAUAGCCAUGGGAGAGUUUUAUGAUCAUAUGUUGUAGUGGUAAAGAUGGUUUCUUGUAAUUUAUAUUUGGAUUUGAAUUCUACUAGAAUGUGGUUUCUAAUGUAGUAAUUGGGUCUUAUGAAAAUAUAUCAUGUCCAAUGUUUAUA